CCGAAUUAUAAAAAUUUAUUUUUAACAAAUGAGUAGAAAAGUUUGAAGGGAGAUUAUUUGUCAAAAAAGGACCUUCUUCAUUACCACAGUCUCUCUACACAUACACAGAGAAAAAAAACUUAAAAGAGAAAGACGAGAGAAAUGAUGAAGGCAGGGAAAAAUAAGAUUUCUGGGUUGGUAUCAGAGACAGAGACACCAUCACCACCUUUUGAGAAUGGUGUCGGUUUUGAGAAUGAUGUGGUUGCUGAAGAGGAACUUGUUGUUGAAGAUGAGAGACCACAACUAGCUGUAGGAUUUUAUGAAAUUGAAGUCGUAAGAAUGAAGAGGGUUCGUAAGGGAAAAGUUCAGUAUCUAAUCAAAUGGCGAGGCUGGCCAGAAACUGCAAACACAUGGGAACCUCUGGAGAAUCUAAUGACGUGCUAUGAUGUUAUUGAUGCAUUUGAAGAGAGCUUGCUAUCAGGAAAACAAACAUUUACACAUAAGCGUAAGCAGAUACAUGAAGUUACUCACACCCAAAUGAAGAAAAGACAGAAACAACAAGAACAACAAGAUUCACUAAUAAAUGCUACAUAUAAAGUUCCUUCAGUGAAAGUUAUACUUGAGGAACCUAUGUCUUCACAUCCUCAGGAACCUGUGCCUUCAUCACCUCAGGAAUCCCCGUCUCUACCUCCUAAGGAACCCAUGCCUUCACUUUCUCAGCAACCUUACUGCACAAGAUCUAAAAAGAGGAGGUUUGCUUCUAUUCAUAGGUUUACAAAAGACACUACUUCAUGUGUAGUAAAGAAUCCCCAAGAUGCUGCAGCAAAUGGCACUAGUGUCCAUUUGGUUGAAUUCAUGCAGCAAAAAAUUCAAAAUCAUGGAUUCAUGGGCAAUGCUUCGGGUUAUAAUAAUGAGCGUGGUGAAGAUACACAUGACAUAAUAGAAAUAAUCAAUCCCAUGAAACCUUCAAUAUCUCCUACAGCAAAUGGCUUGCAGGAGGUGUCUAUGAAAUUUUUAGCUAAGAGGUCCAAUGGAAAUACUGUUAUGGUGGAUAACAAUUUUCUGAAGAUGAAUAAUCCACUUUUGCUGAUAAACUUUUACGAGCAGCAUAUUCGAAUUCACAGUUCGCAGUGAGUGGGCUGCGGUGAAGGUGAACAUGGUCUAGCGCGACUCGUUUCUGUGUAUUUAUUGGGUGUUGGGAUUUUAUAGUGAAAGGCUAUAGGUAUUAAACUUGUUAGAUAUAUUGAUUAGGAAUUAAUAGAGUUAAGGCUGCAUACUAUUGAAAUCUUCCAUUAGCUUCAGCAGUUUUUCCCCAAAAAGGAAAACAAAAACAAAAACGAGUAGAAUUUAAAGUUUUAUUUGAGUAUCACUCGAUAUAUGCAAUGUAAAUUAUGUUAAUAUCCUUUUAAGAUAUUAGAUGGUAAAAUCAUUAUAGAUUCAACAA